AUGGAGACCUUCCAUGAAACUCCAAUCAAGUGUCAGCACAUCUUUAAAGCCUUACCUGAGCAACAGAAACACAUCAGAGUGGUUCUGACCAACGGCGCGCUGGCAUUGGAAAAACCUUCACAGGAGCUGAACUUGAUCAGAGAUGAGAAGUUGAGUCUUCUCACUCUGCUCCGUGUUUUCCAUCCAACAAUACAGAAGGUCACAGCAGAGGAGCUCGCUGUCUGUAAAGUUCUGUUCAUCUUUGACGGCCUGGAUGAAAGCAGACUGUCUCUGGAUUUCCACAACAAUGAGGUUGUGACUGAUGUCACACAGAAGUCAUCAGUCAACGUGCUGUUGACAAACCUCAUCAAGGGGAAGCUGCUUCCCUCGGCUCUGGUCUGGAUAACUUCCCGACCUGCAGCAGCCAAUCAGAUCCCUCCUGCAUGUGUUGACAGGGUAACAGAAGUACGAGGCUUCACUGACGCCCAGAAGGAGGAGUACUUCAGGAGGAGAGUCAUUCUGGAUCACAUGUUGACUACAGAGCAGAGAGGAGAGCUGCCCAAGACCCUGACUGAGCUGUACUCACACUUCCUGCUGGUUCAGACAAAGAGGAAGAAGCACAAGUAUGAUGAGGGACAUGAGACCACUGGGAGGCUGGCGUUUGAACAUCUGGAGAAAGGAAACAUCAUGUUCUACCAAGAAGACCUGGAGCGCUGUGGUCUUGAUGUCACAGAGGCCUCGGUGUACUCAGGAGUUUGUACAGAGAUCUUCAAAAGAGAGUCUGUGAUCUUCCAGAAAACAGUCUACUGCUUCGUUCAUCUGAGCGUUCAGGAGUUUCUGGCUGCAGUCUACCUGUUCCACUGUUUCACCAACAGGAACACAAAGGUACUGGAGGACUUCCUGGGGACAGACAAGGAUAAUUACAGAUCCCUGGAUGUCUUCUUACAGAGAGCCAUGGAAAAAUCCCUCCAAAGUAAAAAUGGUCACCUGGAUCUGUUUGUCCGCUUCCUUCAUGGCCUCUCUCUGGAGUCCAACCAGAGACUGUUAGGAGGCCUUUUGGGUCGGACACACAACAGUCCAGAAAUCAUCCAGAGAGCCAUCAACAACCUGAAGAAGAUGAACACGUACAAUAUCUCUCCUGACAGAAGCAUCAACAUCUUCCACUGUCUGCUGGAGAUGAACGACCUCUCAGUACAUCAGGAGAUCCAAGAGUUCCUGAAGUCAGAGAACAGAUCAGAGAAGAAACUCUCAGAGAUCCACUGCUCAGCUCUGGCCUACAUGCUGCAGAUGUCAGAGGAGGUUCUGGAUGAGUUGGACCUGGACAAAUACACCACAGCACACGCUGGACGACAGAGACUGAUUCCAGCUGUGAGGAACUGCAGAAAGGCUGGAUUGAGAUUCAGUGGACUCUCAGAGACUGACUGUGAAGUCGUGGCCUCAGCUCUGAAGUCCAACCCCUCCCAUCUGAGAGAGCUGGACCUGAGUGGAAACAACCUGCAGGAUUCAGGAGUGAAGCAGCUGUGUGCUGGACUGGAGAGUCCAAACUGUAGACUGGAGACUCUGAGAUUUAUUGGGUGUGAACUCUCAGAGACUGACUGUGAAGUCGUGGCCUCAGCUCUGAAGUCCAACCCCUCCCAUCUGAGAGAGCUGGACCUGAGUGGAAACGACCUGAAGGAUUCAGGAGUGAAGCAGCUGUGUGCUGGACUGGAGAGUCCAAACUGUAGGCUGGAGACUCUGAGACUGAGGAACUGCAGUUUGACAGAGAUCAGCUGUGUUUCUCUGGACUCAGCUUUGAAGUCCAACCCCUCCCAUCUGAGAGAGCUGGAGCUGAGUGACAACUACAAGCUGCAGGAUUCAGGAGUGAAGCAGCUGUGUGAUUUUCUGGAGAGUCCAUACUGUAAACUGGAGACUCUGAGACUGGAGAGCUGCAGUUUGACAGAGAUCAGCUGUGUUUCUCUGGCCUCAGCUCUGAAGUCCAACCCCUCUCAUCUGAGAGAGCUGGACCUGAGCUACAACUACAAGCUGCAGGAUUCAGGAGUGAAGCAGCUGUGUGAUUUUCUGGAGAGUCCACACUGUAAACUGGAGACUCUGAGACUGAGGGGCUGCAGUUUGACAGGGAUCAGCUGUGUUUCUCUGGCCUCAGCUCUGAAGUCCAACCACUCCCAUCUGAGAGAGCUGGACCUGAGAUUCAGCAACAACCUGCAGGAUUCAGGAGUGAAGCUGCUGUGUGAUCUAAAGGAGAGUCCACACUGUAAACUGGAGACUCUGAGACUGAGGGACUGCAGUUUGUCAGAGAUCAGCUGUGUUUCACUGGCCUCAGCUCUGAAGUCCAACCCCUCCCAUCUGAGAGAGCUGGAGCUGAGUGACAACUACGACCUGCGGGAUUCAGGAGUGAAGCAGCUGUGUGAUUUUCUGGAGAGUCCACACUGUAAACUGGAGUCUCUGAGACUGAGUUGGUGCAGUUUAUCAGAGAUCAGCUGUGUUUCUCUGGCCUCAGCUCUGAAGUCCAACCCCUCCCAUCUGAGAGAGCUGGAGCUGAGUGACAACUACGACCUGCGGGAUUCAGGAGUGAAGCAGCUGUGUGAUUUUCUGGAGAGUCCACACUGUAAACUGGAGUCUCUGAGACUGAGUUGGUGCAGUUUAUCAGAGAUCAGCUGUGUUUCUCUGGCCUCAGCUCUGAAGUCCAACCCCUCCCAUCUGAGAGAGCUGGAGCUGAGCUACAACUUCCUGCAGGAUUCAGAUGUGAAGCAGCUGUGUGAUCUGAAGGAGAGUCCACACUGUAAACUGGAGACUCUGAGAUGGAAGACGUGAGAGGAUCAGCUGUGUCCUGAUGAUCCAGAGACGUUGAAGCAACAGCAUCAGUUUGUGUGUCUGUGUGAGUCUGUGUGUGUGAGUCUGUGUGUGUGUGUCUGUGUGUGUGUGUGUGUGUGUGUGUGUAUACACCGUAUAAUAGUGAGGUGAUUCAAAUAAAUGCUACAAAAGGA